AGGCAAACAGCUAGACGCGAGUACAGUAGCCUGCAGGUAACGUCAGCCGAUACACCGCUCAGGCCUUUGUUGCUCUCGAAGAGAUCUUCCACCCGACAAGUUUAUCAUUUAUGUACACAGCCUAUUCUACGGCUUUGACAAGCAAACUAUAACAACAUCCAGAUUUGAGGGAUGGGAGAGAAGCGAGGGAUGAAGGCCCUCUUGGCCUGGUGUCGGAUGGUGACUGAUGGCUAUAAAGAUGUUUGUGUAACCGACAUGACCAAAUCCUGGAGGGAUGGACUGGCGUUUUGUGCUUUGAUCCACCAUUUCCGCCCUGAACUCAUAGAUUUUGACUCAUUGUCCAAGGAAAACGUUUUCCAUAACAAUUACUUGGCUUUCCAAGUAGCAGAAGAGGAACUUGGUAUUCCCGCUCUUUUGGAGGCAGAAGACAUGGUAAAGUACGAAGAACCCGAUAGACUCAGUAUUGCAACCUACGUCUCCCAGUUUUAUCAGUUUUUUGAAGGACAUGGGCGAAUUGGUAUAUCUCCUCAGAAAUCGGCCUUAAAGAAGGGUAACGGGGAAAGGAAAAUGGAGAAUAUUUCAUUAAAUGAACCUUUAACG